AUGACAUCCAUGGAUUCAUAUUAUAGUCCUUCUGCAGCGCAAGGUAGGGAUCGCCACACGGGCCACUUUAGGACAUUCCCAGCCGCUGACACCAAAUACAGCCCCACUGCCUUCCUGCCCAACAAAGGUCAGGCUUACGGAGAAAAGUCCCGGAGUCCGUUCCAGCAGGAGUGCCAGUCAUUGGAUGCCGCCGGAGCUGGGCAAGGCACGUUCAGCAAAUACCACCUCUUUAUGCAGAGAUCUCCUUGCAAAACACCCCCCGAGGACAACAAACUGCACCAGGAGAGCGGACACAACGGAGCACUCAUCCAGUGCUAUGGUAAAGACAGUUCAGGUCUGACAGACACUGAUUUGGUCCCAGACACUGAACCACCUGGAAUGGACACCGCCUACCUGACAGUGAAGGAUCAAGGUGUCAAGGCAGCAUCUGAAAGGCCACCAGGCACUGACUUAGCAAGCCCUCAGGACAAGGCAGAUGGCAGCGACAGCAACAAAGGAAAGAAGAGACGCAACCGCACAACCUUUACAAGCUACCAGCUGGAAGAGCUGGAGAAGGUUUUCCAGAAGACGCACUAUCCUGAUGUUUAUGCUCGGGAGCAGCUAGCACUGAGGACUGACCUGACAGAAGCUCGUGUGCAGGUGUGGUUCCAGAACCGAAGGGCAAAAUGGAGAAAGAGGGAACGCUUCGGUCAGAUGCAGCAGGUCCGAACACACUUCUCAACAGCUUAUGAGCUUCCUCUUCUGACGCGCCCUGAGAACUACGCACAGAUUCAGAACCCUUCCUGGAUCAGCGGCAGCAGCGCAGCAUCUCCUGUGCCGGGAUGCGUUGUGCCCUGUGACACUGUGACUCCCUGUAUGACCCCUCACCCCCACUCUGCCAGCGGGGUGUCUGAUUUUCUGGGUGUACCGAGCGCUGGAGGUCAUGUGGGACAGGCUCACAUGGGCAGCAUGUUUGGAGGAUCUCCUGGCAUGACUGCAGGCAUCAACACGUACGAUCUCAAUAUGGACCCUGACCGCAAGUCCUCCAGUAUUGCCGCUUUGCGCAUGAAGGCCAAAGAGCACAGUGCAGCCAUAUCUUGGGCCACAUGAUGGGUUGAUAUGUGCGGGAUGAAGGACCCUUGUUGACCCCUGGACCUUGUCGGUGACUCUAAAGGCAACAGCGGCUACCUUCAUAAAUGUUGCUUUAAAAUAAUUAUGCAAAUACAUGGAUGGGUAAUGAUUACUCAAAAAGAAAAUGAGAUCUGGCAAGAUAAGUGGUGUGGCGAUGCCAUGUUUCUCAACCCAUCAGGUGGGAGAAAGCAACCACUAUUGGCGACAGAGCUUUGUGUAGAGGCUGGUCAAAGGUGAUGCUGUACUGUACAACAGGAGUUGUGGUCUAGUACUGUUGAUAGCAGAAGGCAAAUGUUAGGAAGAUUAAUUUCAAACAAAUCCAUGCACUUAUUUACUAAAAUACAGGAAAUUCUGUUUGUACAGUGCUUUUAGGGUCACGGUAGUUCUUUGUUCAGGUGCUGUUUUAUUCUUUGGGUGUUAUUUAAAUUUUGAGUGCUAUUGUGUUUUUCCCUCUUGUUGUUUUACCUCUAAUUUGAUUUGACAUUUAUUUCAGCAAGCGCCCUUAAAAGACUGAAAUUUAAAUUUUAUUUCUUACAUGUUGUGUACAUAUUAUUCUAAAGCAGUCUUUAUCAGCAUUAGCAUAUGUCGAACCUAAGUUAUGCCAUUGCUAAGAUAAAGCUACAGAAAACUGUUUAUAUCCAGCACAUUUGUCACAUUCUGAAGUUUCUCAUACCAAAACCACCAUUAAAAUAUCCACCUCUAGGUGUAUAUUUCAUUGACUACAGAACUUAGAAGUGGUUGUACCCUCUAGCAUUUAAAAGUCAAACAGAAAUGUGGUUUGUUUUAAUAUGGUCAGAGUGAGAUCCACCUGCCACACACCGACUCAGCCUGCUGAUGGCCAGAUUGAGGAAGAAACGGAUGAGGAAGAACAGUAUGUGUAGGGGCGUAUGAGAGGGGAACAGCAGGCCUGCUGCUCUCCGGACUGAAGAGCCUGCAGCACCAGUUUCCAAACAGAGCCAGCUCUGUUUUCAGGAGGACAGAGUCCAAGAGGACAUGACUGUGCCCCUUGCAUUUUGAGUCUCAGGAGUUUCAGAGAGAGAAGUGCCUACUAGUCAGUCAGACUGCCAGAAAUAACAUCGAGACCAGCAGCCUCCACCUUUGAAACAGAGGAGGCCGGCUGAAAUUAUACAGAUCAUGUUGACACUUUUAAACACUGAAAGGAUGUCAGUGUUCAACAGCCUCUUCUGGACUUAAGUAUGGCUGUGUUUGACUGUCAAAGCUGACCAGAGAGUGGUCACGAAGCAGCACUGGCAUAUGUGUCAUUGUGCUCCUUUUACUUUUACUCUCAUUAUUUCUGUCACAACCAAACAAAGGAGGCCACUGACCAGAAUAAUGUAGAGUAAUCUUGAGAAAGGUUUAACAGCAUCUCAGUAGGAUGUGGCACCAAAGACAACCCAAGCACAGGCUGGAGAAAAUACCAGCUUCAUCCUCCUUCCCCAGACACCUUGAAGCGCUAUCUUUUACCGCAAACACGUGCAUGUUCAUCACAUAGGGCUACACAUCUAACAUACCUCGGGAUGAUGGUGAAUGAUGGUAUUUGAUCUUAGCAAGUGAGGCAACAGGAAGAGUCAAGGGGAUUUCUAUAGCAAAGAUGUUACAGAUGAAGUAUUAGCAAGUGAACAGAGACACUGUGUCUGUGGUUUUUUUGUAAUUACCUACUUUCUAGGUACUUGCAAAUUUGUUUGUGAAUUUGCACCACUAAAGUGCAAUAUCAGCUGGGUACUGCGUUAUUAUGUAAUCUCGUGCCUUAUCUUUGGGCCAUAUGUCAAAGUCUAAUUACUUUAAUAUAUAUUACAUGGGUUUAAUCAUUUCAUUGAACAAAAAAACUAACAGACAAAAACUAAUUGAAUGGAAUACCACCUGACAUCAGGUGGUAUUCCACUGUAGGUGUAACUAGUCGGUUUCCGGAUCUCUGGACAAAAUAUAGUGCAUCUUCCAUGUAUAGCAACCUGUGUGCACUGUCCUUGAAGGGACCCAACAGCGAAUACUGACCACAGACAGGUUUAUUUGACUACAGUUAGAAAGAAUAUUUGGGAAAUUGUGAACACAAAGUAACUUUGCAGCUGUUUGGGAGUUUCAGUAUGGGGGCAUGGAUCAAUUGUAAAGUUUGAUCCCAGCCUCAUUAGCUUUGAUAUAUCUGAGCAGGACCUACUUUAGCAAAACCACUGACAUUGUCAGUGUAAAGCGCCAUGAGGAAUCUUGUUAUAGCCUUUACUCCAAGUUUAUUUUUAACUAAGAUUGGAACCAAAUGUCUGGAACCAGGCAGAGAUGAGACCCAUCUCUCGGAUCCCAGAUCUUAUCCUUGUAGCCAUAUCGUCAUAGUAUUUAAAAUUUAAAAUAGUAAACCUUGUUUUUCCCCUGGUAACUUCCUCCUCCAGUGACAGAAAUAGGAGAUGAGGUUUACCAAUGUGGUUAUGCAUGUUAUUCUUUUGUUUGCAAGGUUUCAAGGGCUUGAAAAGCAAACCUGAUACUGUGUAGCACACCUUCAGGCAGAGCAACCAUUCCUAAUUCUCUAAAUGGAACCACAUUUACUGUCCUUCUGGGCAGGUACGAGAAGUGGAAUGCAGGCUAUAAUCUGUCAGCAGAGCACAUCACCCCAGAGUCACCCAAAUUACAUCCAGUUUUACUCCCCGGUCCAAAUCCAAGACAUAUGCAUAAUCCUCACUAUAGAACACACAUCCCAAAACUGAAAAGGUCCCCUCACGAACGUGGAUAUGGGGCCCCCUGUGCUCUAGCUCAGGGGUUGGACAGAGGGCGAGCCGAGAGGCAUCUGCUGUGUUCUGGUGUUCUGGGAAAAGGACAGUGCACACAGCUGUGCUCAGGGGGUAAAUGCAAAACAAACAUGCCUCACACAUGCUUCCCCCUCAGCUGUCAUGGAUCUGCUUUCAAAGAUUCACCCUCAGUCCUAAUCACCCACCUUGACACACACACGCACACAUAUACACUGCACUGGGCCUCUCUUUUUGCUCACUUCCACUAUGUCCACUAGUCCCAAGCUGCAGCCCCCCAUCCCCACCACAGUGUCCAAGGCACAGUCACAGGCCAGCACAGGAAAGCCUUUUAAUUAACACCGAUCCAUGUUGAGGCCGUGGGCUGCAGUAUUGUGUGUCAGGACAGGGCCGUCUGUUUUCUAGUUGGUUUAAUGUAGACCGUUCCACUGCACAGAGGCACAGACAUACUGGCAUUCAGUAGCUCAGGUUUACACCAUACAUACUCAGUUUUUACUCCUUUUACUCUAUAAAUCUCUUUAUUCUUGGACUGAAACAUCUCAAAUGAUGUCUUCCUCCACAAGAAAACUCUCUCUACCCCUAGAAUUAUUUGUCCUACAAUCAUAUCUUGUUAAUGAAAUUAGCUUUACAUAAACAACCAACACUCUGUUGUCAUCACCUACUUUUCUCAUUUUAUAAUACUACUGAAGUCAAACAAUCAGUAUAGGAGGAAAAAUAUAACCGUGUGCUGUUGUAUGAACAUGCAAAAAGGACUUAAGUGUUACAAGGCUUUUGAAAAAUGGUACUAAUUAGAAGUUUUGUUAUUGUGUAAGGCAGUUUAAGUAUUCUUGUGUAUUACUUUUCUCAUUUUGUGGGACAACGUAACUUUUUUUUCAGUAUGUAAUUAUG